GAAAAAGAACCAGGGCGCUGUGAGUGUGAGAGUUCCGAACGCUUUUUGUCACUUAUCUCUUUCCGUCUUCCGGCAGGAUUGAAUCAUUUGGGAGCGCGAGGAGGGACGUGUGAGUUAUUUGAACGUUUAACUCGCAAAGACGAUGUCAUAGUGACUUUUUAUUCCACGGGUGAAACGUAUGCAGCACGGUAAUUAUUAUUAAUGUGAUACUUAUCUUACGUAUGUCCUUAUUUCUACGUCUCAUGUCAGUCGUGCGUAGCCAGUGGAAUCGUCCUAAACACUGUUCAUAAACAGCGCGGAUUUAAUUUAAUGGUAUAAUUUGCUGUCAAAAAUGUGUGAACAGCUGGUGGAGUAUUUUCAGGGUCAGAUACAAAAGAAAGACGCAGCCGAAGUGAGAUGGUCACACGCAACGAACAGCAGGAUUAAACUGGCCAAGGCUCUUCAAGCAGUGAAAACACCAGACAUACUAGCUCAAUAAAAUGUACUGCUCAUAUGAUUGAGGCUGACAUAAUCGUAAGAGGCCAUGACCCUAAGGAGCCAAUCAUGGGCCACCCUCCUGACACUGACAGUGACAUAACACUGAAGGAAUGGCUUGAAUGUGUCAAGUUGCAUGACAAGGGGAUCAAACUCGACUUCAAGAGCCUAGAGGCGGUGUCUAUUUCUAUGGCCCCGUUGAAAGAAGUGCUGGCUCAAAUGACCUCUCCUGUGUGGAUCAAUGCUGACAUCCUUCCUGGACCUGGAAGUCAGACCAAACCAUUGGAGCCUCACGCAUUCCUGGCUGCUGUAAAGACUCUUCCCACUAACAUUGUACUCUCCCUUGGCUGGACCACAAAAUGGACUGCAGGGAUUGAUAAUCCAGGUUACAAUUGGGAAAUGGUGCAUGAGAUGCAGGACAUAUGUCAAAGCCUGGAACAUCUUGUCACCUUCCCAGUACGGGCGGCCCUUUUGGCCCAGUCUGUCUCUGAGCUCACAUGGCUGCUGCAACAGUCGGACAGGUAUUCUCUAACAGUGUGGACUGGCCAGAAGGAUAAAUUAAAAGUGGAGGACCUGCUGCCUUACAGAACAUGUUUUGAUGUCAACAGGAUCUGCUAUGACCUACCAGAAGCCCUAAGGACAGAGCUGACAAAGACUUUACAAAGAUGAUACAUCAGCAAUCAAUAGUCAGGCUGAAAAUGAGAGCCUUCAAACCUCUGGAUGUGUAUUGUAAUACUUUUUAAUUAAUUGAUUGAUUUUUUAUUUUUUUUUAUUUUCAGGCGGUGUUGUGAUAGUUACCGAGAUGGGAGUCCUGCCCUUCCACUGCCUGAUGGGAGGUUUCUCAUCAUCUUUGAAGAGUGCUGUUUUGGAGCCUUGGAAGGCAAAACUGGGAUCCAUCUUCAUUUCUGCGUAACUGUUCACAAAGUUUACGAAAAAGGAGUAUGGUGGACAAUGGACAAAGUUCUCUCUGUUAUAUUUGGUCCCUUGAAUGACCCAUGUUUCCUGGAGGUUGUUUGGAAGCUUCUCAACAAUUGAAUCUAUGCCUCUAGCUGAGUCAAGGAAACUGAGGCCAGGCAGGAAACCUUCGUUCUUUGCAGUUUCUACUUCCAGAAGAAGGUCUGCAAGCUCUUGAAGACGCCGACUGUCUUUGGGAGAGAUUUUAGGUACAUUGUUGAAUCAUUUGAAUAGUGAAGCUUUGCUAACCUCUGGAAACAUGAGCGCAUGUUUAGGGCAGAAGAGUAAAGAGAUUGUGCCUCAACUUGUCGAAAGAGGAUGGAAGUGGAUGUGAUCACACCUCUCCACUGUUAUGAAUCAAAAUGGCUACCCCACUGACUUUUUGGGUGGGUUUAACUACUUCUGCCACCAGGGGCACUUUACUGUAAUGCAAUUUUGGGUGGUUUUAACUACUUCCACCACUAGGGGCACCGCACUGCAUUGUAAUACAAUCACUGUGGAUAGAAUAGUCAAGUCAACAGUAUUUAUAGAGCACUUUCAAACAGCCAUCGCUACAUACAAAGUGCUGUACAUGAAGCAAUUUAACAUGCACAAUAAACAGUAAGACAAAUCGGACGUUCUAUAACUCGGUGGUGGCCUCGGCCAUCCAUUAUGGCAUUGUCUGCUGGUCAGGCAGCAUCUCGGCCCGGGACAGAAAGAGACUGGAGCGACUGGUCAGGAAGGCCAGUUCUGUCCUGGGUUGCUCCAGUGACACUCUGGAGGAGGUGGGCAACAGAAGGAUGCUAACUAAGCUAAAAGCUAUGAUGGCCAGUCCCUCCCACGCCCUCCAGCCCGCCCUGACAGCACUUGGUAGCUCCUUCAGCCAGAGACUGUUACACCCGUGCUGCAAGAAGGAGAGAUACCGACGCUCGUUCCUACCGACUGCUGUCAGGCUGAUGAAUAAAAAAUAACAAUCAUAAUAAUAAUAAUAAUUAAAUGAUGGGAAGGUAAAUUGUAAAUAGUACUGCGAUCUAUCCAUUUGUGUUCAUAUUGUAUUUAAUUGAAAGAUGUUUGUUGUUUUUUUUUUCUUUGUCCUUUCUUCUUUCUACAUACAUUCUUGCUGCUGGAGGCUGUAAAUUUCCCCAUUGUGGGACGAAUAAAGGAUAUCUUAUCUUAAUAAAGGCGGUAGAAAGUAGUGAUAGUUACUUUUAAAAAACGGGUCCUUUCUUGAUAACUUGAUUUAAAAAGUCACAUAGUUACUUUACUGAUGACUUGCUUGAAAAAGUAACUUAGAUUACAAUACUUUGAUCAUUGUAGUCAGCAGUUAUCGACUACGCCGCUUAACAAAAAGUGAUGCUGUUUUGCCACUUAAUUGGAGGUGCGUUUUUAACUGCGUCUGAAUAAAGUUUGUUUUUAUUAAAAAUGAUAUGAAGACAA